AUGGACCGAGCAGCUCCCAUGUUCCAAGCCCUGGGCCAGGCUGGAACAUGCGGGGCCAGAAUCCACGAGGAUCCUGAGGAGACAGGGCAGCAAACAAAACCAUGCACAAUGGUGAAAAGUGCUCUCCCUGACCCACGGGAAUCCCUGCAGCAUCUGCACAAAAGAAACAAAAGCCCCCUUUCUCUGUUUCCCAGGCUGUGGGAACUAUUCCACAUCCUGCUGGCGUAUUCAGAGUAUAACCUGGAGGUGGGCUACUGCAGAGACCUGAGCCAUGUGGCCGCCUUGUUCCUGCUUUAUCUGCCUGAGGAGGACGCAUUCUGGGCACUGGCGCAGCUGCUUGCCAGUGAGAGGCGCUCCCCACAGGGAUUCCACAGCCCAAAUGGUGGGACAGUCCAGGGGCUCCGAGACCAUCAGGAACGUGUGGUACCCAUGUCACAACCCCAGGCCAUGUGGCAUCUGGUGAGUUUAUGGUUCUCUCGGCUCUUCCCCAGAGGCCCUGCAUCAUGUGGGGCUGGAGGAGCAGUGGGGCUGGUGCCCUUCUUUGGGCUGGUGACAGGCUGA